UCGAAGGAAGAAACCCGAGAUGCCCCGCACGCAUGCGCACAAGUCAAACUUCUACUCUCUUGUCUGCUCUGCGAAGAAAAGCGACGCCCCAUCCUCGUGCUCUGAGGAAACCCGAAGCGCGUGGGAAGAGAAAGGCGCACUUCUCCUACCUGAACUCUCAGCCAAUGGGAACGCGGCAUCCUUCCGACAAGCGUCCGGCCAUACGGGCAGUUGCUGACCACAACACGACGGCGACGGUGAUUUCAUAUCUCACAUGGAAAUGGUAUGAACGUAAAAUGGACGACAUUUCCAACGGAUAAAUCGUUUGACGUUUGUGUGAGUGGCAGACGAGAGCAUGCCCUGAACCAGUCACAGGUGCAUCGAACCUGCCGUCGAGAUAGAUGCGUGUGCACAUCGGCUGGAUCGUUUGGUCCGGCUUGGCAUGGGGGGUAGCGGCGGCGGAGACCACCUGCUACCCCCCUGGAGGGGUGGCAGGAAUUGUGGUGGCAACGGUCAUCGUAACUUUCGUUGUUGGGGGUUUGGGGGCUGCUUUGCUCUACCGAUAUUGGUGGGCUCCUCGACAGAAGACAGGAAGUCGUCAAAGGACAGAUCCACCUGUUGGUCCCUCUCAAAAUCAUAAAAAUGCAACAGAAUUUGCUUUCGACAAUCCGUACUUCCGGAACAACCAAGACUCAGAAGAUGUCGACGAAACUGAUAAAGGCAAAACGAAAUUCACUCUCAACAGUAAGAACUCCCUGCGCUCCUCAAAGUCCGAAGGAAAAACUAGAAAAGGGAAAAAUCCAUUUGGUUUCGGCGGUGGAAGGAAGCAGAAGGCUAUGGACGAUUCCUGCAUCGCGCACAUGGAGCCUGAAAGAACAGUUGUUUCUCUUCGAGGGCAUGACUUCACGGGCCUUGGCUUCAACAUAAUGGGCAACAUGAGGGAUGGUAUCCUAGUGAAAGACGUUUUGCAUCGCGGACCUGCUUCCGAGUCGGGGCUCAUCAAAGCAGGUGACAAGAUCAUCAGCGUCACCGUAUCUUUCAGCAAUAUUGUGUAUGAGGAUGCUUUAACAAUUUUGAGCUACGCCUCACCAUACGAUGUGAAAUUAGAACUCGAGCGCAAGCCUUCAGCUCCCAAACGUUUGGGCUCUAGUAGCUUCAGCGAUGGCGGACAGAAACUUUUCCACCCUCUGUACCGCUCUCAAAGCAUCGAUGAUUUGACACAAAUAGACCGUGAGCUGCCACGGCGAUCUCAAAGCGUUGGCGUGGCUGCCCACAGAAUGGCUUCCAAGGCUGAGGACAGAGAGAAGAUGUCCUUGAUCUUGAGCACGACAGGCUCUCUCAAUGAGAAGAUGUUGGCCAAUGUCAUGGCUGAAGGUAGCGGUGGACAUUGGAAGAAAAAGUUUGAGGACAGUUUCGAGAGUGAGGAUGUCCCUUCAACACCAUUAGAGAGAGAACCAUCUAAACGGUUCUUGGACGGGCCUCAGCCCCGACAGAAACUGGAAGCACGAAGUAUGGAAGACGAAGAUGUCUCGGAAUGCCUUAGAAUAAGAGUAACCGAUGAGAAUCACCGGAAAGAAGAACAAUCUUCUCAGAGUCACAGGGAAGAAACAGGCCCUGCCAGAAACAGAACAACUUUAUUGGAGGACGACAACAACGAUUCGGACGUUUCGAAAGAUUCGCUCGAAAUCUCUGGGAGAGUUUAUCAGAAAAAGAAAAUACUCAGGGGGAGUCCUUUGGCUACUCCUAAAGGCCAAAUUACGGUGACCAACACAGUGCAGAUAGAAAAUCCGACGUCCAGCACCACUACAAGAGUAGAGAGAAUCUACGACCGUUCCAGUAAGCCAUCAUCAAACCCUGAUAUGCAACAAAUAGACAGGACUAGUUACACUCAAAGGGACGCCGAGUAUAUGGACAAUAACAGAACUCGAGCGGACCCUUAUCGAAAUGUCCAAAAACCUAAUCAAAAUGAAAGACAAAAGCUAAAUACUUCUGAGGCUUUUACCCAGAGCUAUGGAUGUAGGACUCAGAAUUAUAAUGGUGGAACUGAUGAGCAUAACAGAAACUUGAAGUAUCCGAAUGCACCUUCCUCUUCAAGUUACAACAGACACGUGGAAAGUGAUGACAACAGGAAGAUAGAUUCUAGCAUAGAAAGUCAGCCGAAAUUUACCAAGAAGGGAGCUCCUAAUCCAGCAGGUGGUAUGUUCACGCAAAUUAGUCCCUUCCAAAUGCCUUCCAACAAACAGAGACAAUUCCGACCAUGGGCAGGAAAGGAGGAUUUAUCCUCCAGACCAACCCCUUCUGCCUCUUCCGGACCCAAGUUCACACUCAGGGACAGUUCGAUACAACACAGACAGUUCUAGCAAAAUUUUGUUAGUCUUAUUCUGAGAUGAAUCUUUGGGAUUUUUUUUUUUUUUAAUUCAGUCAAAAUGUAGAACUUUAACCAUGAAAGCAUAUCUAUGUAGCUUUCUUUCACAAACAACUGAGAUAUCCAACGUUUUUGAAACGUCACCAAUUUUUCUGACUGAGUUUUACGUCAUUAAAUCCCUGCGGAGAAUGAAAGAAUCUAUUACAUUCUUAAAGUGAAUCCUCUUUUAUUCGACCUCCGAAACGUAAAAGCGCAAUGCUAGAUUCCAUCAUCAUUAUCUUAAAAGUCCGGUGUGUCAAAGUAGAUUCCUCGAGCUUAAAUUUAAAUCCGCUUAGACAAAUAAAUACUUGACCUUCCACUUUUCAACUAACAAUGGGGUGGGUUCAUGUGAUUAUGAUGUCACAUAAUAAUUGUGGGUGCUCAAGUUUGUAAAUCUAUAUCAGAUUGUGUUCUUUUAGGAGUAAAUGUUUCUUUCAAUACGUGCGUAAACAUAUUUAUUAACUAAUAAGAAAUUUAAAGUAAUAUAGAAAUUCAACUUAGUGGAAUUAACUAAAUAUAUUAUAAAUCAAAAAAGCGUAGCUCAGUUUAAUUUUAAUUUAAAAUCCCUGACGCAUAUGAAUGCUUCAGUGAGGAUAAAAACGAUUUUAUAAAUACUAGAUGGUUUACGAUCUAAUUUUUUUUAAAAUUAAAAUUCUAAUGUAGGAACUAGAAUAAUAUUAUUAAAGAAAAUAGUAAAUAAUAAAUAAGCUUAAAUAUUAAAAAAAAAAAAAAAGUUCCUUACGUAAGGAACAAAAAAUAAGUGCAAAAUGUUUAAUGCGUUUCCUAUUUAAAAUGUCAAGACGAAAUUUAUGGACAAUAUGAUAGCAUGAAUGGAAUACAUUAUUAAUCAUUAUUCUAUGUGUAACGAUGAAAGCUAUUGGUUUUAUAAAAUAUAAUAGGCUGCCAAUUGUCUCCAAGGCAUCUCAGAGUACGAUUCAUCUUUUCUUUCAUUAAUUAUGUACAUAAUUUCAUAAACAUGAAUUUGAAACGAUCCAUUUGUGAAAAUCAUGUACAAAAGUGAUAUUUGAGCAAACUUGGAAAAAGAAAACCUCGAAAAAAAUAACAAAUUUACAGACUUCCACAUUCCAAAGGAGCAUCAACUCAUCUAACUUUCCAUCAAAAGAUAACGAACUUAAUUUCUCAAGAAAAGCAGCUGUAGUUAAAUAAAUGUAUUUAUUAUCAUAAAAGUGUUAUUUUUUAUAGGUCUGAACAACCACCUGAACAAUUUUAUUUACCAGAAUGAUAUUAGACUAUUAUUUUAUUGCCAAUUGUAUCAUUUGUAUUUCUUUGAAAUAAUGUUCUUUUUUCAUUCCAAAGUGUAAGGGGACAUUUCAUACUUGAAGGAAUGAAGAAGUAAAAAUAGUUUUAUAAAUAAAAGUUUUAAAGUUAA